GAAAUGAUUCCUCUCGGAAAAUGUCAUGACUGAGGUAUUGUUAUUGGGCAUAGUGACGGCUGGUGUUACGCUCAUGCCUCUCAGAAGUUUAUCAUCCACCACCUCUCUAAAUUUGAACAAGGAUCCAAGGCGUUGCAGUUGUUAGCUACAGCCCCAAAGGCAGAGGAGGCAUCGAAUGAUUUUAGAGAAUUUGAGCUCUGAUUAAGCGCAAACGAAGAUAUUUUUGGGAAGAUUGUCUUUGUAGGAUUGUAUAAGUGGGCCCUCGCUGGUGGAUCCUGUGCUAUCAAAGAAUUCAGCUACAUCUAUAGCCAAAAGGAGUACCUGAAGUACUACAUGCCAAAAUUUAAGGCCUUAAGGAUACCGAAGAUCAGCAGGAUUGAGGUUAAUAAAGACUUUCCCAGAUGCAAGAAGAGGUAUACAGAGUACCUCACUUUGGUUAACCGUGAAAUCUCCCAGCUAGAAGUUGUUACAAGGAAAGAGGGUACUAAGCUAGGCUGGUGCUUGCCUCUGGUCCUGAAGAACUUGUGUAAUGUGCAACAUGAUCUGAAAAUCACUGGGUUCAUAAUCUCAGUAAGGGAGCUAAGGCGCUUACUGGUUCCUUCAACCAUUCCUUUGUCUUUAGAGUUCAAGAAAUGCCAGAUAGGUUUUAGUGAUAAGCUCUAUCUCUCUUGUGACGCUUCAUCUAAAUUUACCGAGGAAAGCAAGAGGUUCGAGCUGCCUAAAAUUCGGUGUUCUUUCACUGACUGUAGUUAUGACCUUGGUCGCGAAGAGCUAACAACAUUGGUGACAGGAAUAUGUCCGAAUAUAAGGCUAGAUUUCAGAAAGUAG